AUGGAGGUUGAAGGAGAAGACAGUUCCAAAACUAUGUUACAAAAUGCGGGGGACAAGGUCGUGUUUGGACGAGGCUUUGGUUUUAACACGAAAGACAAGAUAGUGUCACGUCGUCACGUUGUGUUUGAACUAGCGAAAUGUGGUGAGAGCCAAACGGGGUCCAAGUACUCCAAGGUUUUGUUUGAGGUUGUUGGGAAGAAUCCCAUAUGGGUGAGGGAACAUGGGAGUGGGGAAAUCCGGUCUUUCAGGAUGGGUGAGAAGGGUGACGUGGCGGAAGGUGAUUGGCUCUGCUUAUUGUCUGGGAAGAGACCCGUUUGGUUUGCUGUGAGGGAAAGUGGGUCUGGGGAGAGAGAGAAGAGGGUUUUGGAGAGUGAGAUUGGUUUGGGCGAGAGUUUGGGAGGUGGGUUUGAGUUUGAUGAUGGGGUUGAUGUUGAGGCUUUGGAUAUUGACCCUGUUAAAGGAGUUAUAGAUCAGAGUGAGAUAGUGAGAAUGGUUGGUGAAAAAUAUAGGAUCAUACCUCUUAAAUUUGUUGUUUCUCAUAGAUUUAAGCAAAUGCUCCGUGAUAUAAGAAAUUGGGACUGGUUUCUUGAGGAACCUAAAAGAGAAAGCGAUGAUGAUGAGUAUCUUGAGAAGAGCGGAAAGAGAAGCGUGAUGAAAAGGAGAAGGAAAGCUGCAGGCAAUGAUGAUGACUUUACAGGUGAGAGUGAUGAUGACAAGGAGCUUGUCAAAAAACUAAGAAAGGUUGCGAGACCUAAAUAUUCUACAAGAUCAAAAGACCGUAACAAGCCUCACAUGGAGGCCAAAGAUGGUAAGAGCUCUUUGCAAAAGAAAACUAUAGGUGCAAAUGAAGAUGAUUAUGAUGAUGAAACACUUGGAGGCUUUAUUGUUGAGGAGGAUGAUAUUGAAACUAGUAAUGCUGAUAAUUGGUGA